AUGAUUAAUUUGCAGUAGUUAAGUCUCAAAUCUUGUUGAUGGAUCCUUUGCCCUCUAUUAACAAGAUCUUUUCUAUGGUGAUUCAACAUGAGUGCCAAAUACAAGUUCCUACAGUUUCUGAUGAGUCUCAGUCAUUGAUUAAUGCUACUGAAUACAAGAAAUUUGGAGGGAAAUCAACCAAUUUAAAGCAUGGAAAUCGGGUUUGCAUGUUUUGUGGUAAAACUAACCACACAGUGGACAAUUGUUUCAAGAAACAUGGGGUUCCACCUCAUAUGCAGAAUAGAUUUCCAUCCACAGCCAACAAUGUCGCUUCUGAUGUGAAUGAGGAUGGUUCUGCUCCUGAUCAAAUUGCUGCUGCAUCCAAAGUUGAUAAUUCUCCUAUGACUCAAAGCCAAUUCAACACUCUGAUGGAUCUACUUCAGAAGUCUAGCCUUGGCCAAGUUUCAGGACAUGCCUCAUCCAAUCAGGUUACUGUUGGUCAUUCAUCAGUAGGACAAAACAUGCAAGGAGGUGAUUGGUUCUGCUGAGCAUAGGAAUGGACUGUACUACUUAACACUUAGAGAUAGUGAGUCACAAGAAAAAGCCUCACACACACAUGAUCACACUUCACUUGCCUCCAUACACAGUUUAGCUGCACAUAUUUCUUUACCUGAUAAAGCCUUAUGGCAUUUUAGAUUGGGGCAUUUAUCCCAAAACAGAUUAAUGUACCUGCGCUCUCAAUGUCCUUUCAUUACUCUCAAUAAUAAAGAUGUAUGUGAUGUUUGUUAUUAUGCUAAACAUAGAAAAUUGCCUUAUAUCCCUAGUAAAAACAGAGCUGCUCUUCCUUAUGACCUGAUCCACUUAGAUAUAUGGGGUCCUUUGGCUGUAAAAUCUAUCCAUCGUCAUGCUUAUUUCCUAACUGCUGUAGAUGACUGCAGCAGAUUCACCUGGGUUACCUUAAUGAAGUCUAAAGCUGAAACCAGGCAGCAUGUUAUCAAUUUUGUCAAACUUAUAGAAAACCAAAAGGGUACUACCAUUAAGAUCUUUAGAACUGAUAAUGGUCUUGA